AUGGGAGACUUGGCAGCGCCGGCUACGGUGAUGGAAAAGCUUGACUGCGUGGAGAGAAAGCUGUUUAGUCGACUGCUAGGCUACUUUUGGCCGUUGGUAUGCCAUAACGAAGAACUUUACUCGGAAGUGGGCAUGCUGUACCGGCGGAUGACACGUGUAAAACGUCAACAUCUUGUCCGGCCUUCUGAAGUAGUCACGGAAUACCGUCUUCGCUCCUUUGGUCUCAUUAUGAGGAGACCACUCGAUCAUCUUGUUCGAGUUGUUCUGAGGAUGCUUCCAGAUGCCAAUUGGGAAAUUCCCUGA